GGGCAGGUGGCCUCGGAGCGGCAGAGGCUGCGGGACACCUUCGAGCAGCUGCAGCAGUUCCUGCGGGAGCAGGAGGGCGUCCUGCUGGCCCAGCUCGACCGGGCGCACGGGGAGCUCACCGAGGAGCGCCGCCGAUACGUCUCCGAUGUUUCGGAGAGGAAAUCGCUGCUGGACACGCUGAUAGUGGAGAUAGAGAAGAAGCGUGACCAGCCGGAGGUCGAAUUCCUCAUGGAUGUCGGCAAAACCCUGAGCAGCUGCGAGGCGGUGAAGGCCCCGAUCCCAGAGCCGGUUUCCCUGGAGCUGCAGAGGACCGUGGAGAGCCUCUCUGAGACGAGCCAGCUGGUCGUGGGUGUGGUGGCCGAAUUCAAAGGUAAAGCGGAGAAGCGGUGA